ACAUCCCCAGCCUUUUCAUUUGACCCUUUGUUUGAGAUUGAGCAUGUAACUGAGUCCACUCAGUGAGGCAAGUGAGGCAAGAUUCAGACUGAGAAGUUGACAGCACAAGGUCAACCCUGUUUGGCUUCAUCAGAGACAGUCACAUCUGUACUGGCUGCUAGCUAUCUGUGGUUUGGCCCCCUUUGUCCAAGAAGAAAAAGAAGAGCUGUGAGGACUUGCCACAGCCUAGUCAGGCUGAAGAAAUGUCAACGACUGGGAGUUCUGAAGGAUUCCAGCUUGUGUCUCUGAAGCAAGAGGAAGAUGACCAGUCCUCUGAGACAGAUCAGCUGUCCACAGAGGAGGGGGACCCAAGCGAGGACCCAGCACCCACGCAGAUGUCAAGGCAGCCAAGUGUGACUGAGUCAAUGCUGUACCCCAAUCCUUACCACCAGCCGUAUAUCUCACGGAAGUACUUCGUUACCCGGCCAGGGGCCAUUGAGACUGCCGUGAAUGACCUGAAAGGCCACAUAGCCAAGACUUCUGGAGAGACAAUUCAGGGCUUCUGGCUCUUGACAGAGAUAGACCACUGGAACAACGAGAAGGAGAGGAUUUUGCUGAUCACAGAUAAGACUCUGCUGAUCUGCAAAUACGACUUCAUCAUGCUCAGCUGUGUGCAGUUGCAGCGGAUUUCCCUGAGCACUGUCUCUUGCGUCUGCUUGGGCAAAUUUGCCUUCCCUGGCAUGUCGCUGGACAAGAGACAAGGAGAAGGCCUUAGGAUCUUCUGGGGGAGCCCGGGGCAGCAGUCUCUACUUUCCCGCUGGAACCCUUGGUCCACUGAGGUGCCUUAUGCUACGUUCACUGAGCACCCUGUGAAAUACACCACUGAGAAGUUCCUUGAAAUUUGCAAGAUUUUAAGUUCAUCAGUGGCAGGAGGUAUCCCCUCUACAAUUCUGUCAUCUUCCCUAAGGAAACUUUAGUGCUGGGACAUAAAAUAAUCAGAAAACUAAGAAGCUGGAGCUGUAAAUGCAGUGAAAGAUCAAACUUUGUAUUUUCAACAAAACCAGAUAAACACAUACAAGUGUGCUUAUGAACCUAGAAUUUCUUGCUUUCUUUGUCCUUUUUUACGUUUACCUUUUUAUGCUGUCAUUCGCUUCAGAAUAUCACAGCUCUUUGUUUUCUAUAAAUUCAAAGUAUGGCAAUCCAUAUCUAAAGUCCUUCUGUGGUUGGAUAGAACACAUUACAUUUCUUGCAUCAUUUUAAACACACCAAUUCAUAUAAGUGAAUGUAUAAAUGUGUAAACAAACAUUUUAAAAUUGGUAAGUUCCCUAUCCUAAAAAGGAUCUGAGGCCAAAUAUAUGUGAUCAGAGGCUAGAUGGGGGUCUUCAUUUCCCCUCUUAUAUAUGUGGCGUUGGUUUGAAUCUCAUUCUACUCUCAGGAAAGGUCAAUGGUCCUCUCAAGAUUUAUGCAAACAGCCUCUGAGGGCUUGUGGUCUCAAGGUUUCCCUCCAGCCCCAAGCUAUUGCAGGCACUAACUUAGUCCACUUUAUGGAUCACGGUGCCAGGUUCCAUGCUGUACCCCCAUCUCACAGUGCCUCUGUGUGCGCAGCAACAUCAGCCCCCAGCCUCUGAACUACCCAAAGUCAAUUAAACAAAACAAAAUGAAAGCCAAUGAGAACAAAACAACACUUACACAAAGACAUUUAAAUGUGGGAGUAGACUCACUGGGGGCUCUGCAGAGAGAGAGUGGGAGUCUACAUCAUAAUAAUGCCCCAAACUUUAAAUGAAUAUAAGAUCUCCCUGUUUUUAAAAUCCCUUUUUAAUAAUAAUAUUCUGACUCAUUGCUCUGUAAUCCUCUCCUCUCUACCUUGCUCUUGCCCCUUCUGAAAUUCCUGUUCUUAUUAACAGUACAGAAUAGUUUGUUUCUUUUUUUAACACCUGUUAAUCCAGUUCAAAAAUCUCAAUAAUGCAUGUUUCCAAAGCCAUUUCCUCCCUUUAAAGGUUUGAACCAUUAAAAUAGUAUAUAUAUUUGAACUAAUAGUAAUUAAAUUUUAUUUUAAGUCAGAAUAAAUACCAACUGCCUUGGUUAUGACAUCCAUCACUUCCUAAGCCAAGUCUUCUCUUUUUCCUCAUACCUGAUGUGCUAAAAGUACUUAUUUCUUGAGUGUCUUUAGUGGAGAAUGUUCAGGGUGACAAUUAAAGGACAAAUUCUGUUAACUUCAGAGAAAUGUCACUGCAUUACUCUAUUACCUGACAAUGCUUUGCUUUAUUCUGCUACAUAUAAGUACAAUCAAAUAAAUUAAAAAGGAAAAUAAAAAAUAAAAUGUAGAUAGGGGGAUGGAAUAAUUAUCCCCCAAAUACCCAUAAAUGUAGUUCAUAGAAAGGAACAUGAAUUUUGUACAAGCCUUCCUAUUAGUCAAGGCCAAAAAGGAAACUUGAUGUUCAUACAGUUCUUUUUGAAUGGCAGUGAGAACAGCAUGUGUGUGUGUGUGUGUGUGUGUGUGUGUAUGCGUGCGCGCACGCAUGCACACAUGCAUAGGUGUAUGAGCUUGAUGAACGGUUGGUUGGUUGGUUUUCAGUCAAUCAAACCACUUUGUGGAUCUGCUAAGAGUAUUUCUUUUAAGGUCUUUCUCCUUUAGUUAUUCUUCCAAAGAUCUUUUUUUACUUCUUGGCAACAGUCUGACACUUCCAUUUGCCAAGCCUUUUCUUACUCAAAGGCCACCCCAAGCCCCAGCUCUCUAGGAAAACAAGUGAUCUCCAUCUGGAAUGUGAAGUGAUGAGUACUCUGAUCCAGUUUUUUGAGUCUUAGUUUCUCUUUGUUGUUGAUUUUUAUGUCACAAUAUUAUUUGUACAUAGGACAUUUUCUAAGAUUGGCUUUGAGUAAUAACCAGCUAUAUUAAUAUAAAAGAAUAAGUAAGAAAAACAAUUCUGUAGAUACAGGAUUCCUUUUAUGUGAUUAUUUUGGCAUAACAUAAGAUUUUAAAAUGGUGAUAAAUACUAGUUUUUCCCUUUUCCUUACAAAUGAAACAGGAAUAAGUAAAAGAAUAUGGGGGAAUUCAUAACUAAAUCAAAUAUCUGAAGCAAUUUAGAAAUCAUAUUGUAGCCCAGGAAAGGAAAUAAUGUAGAGUUGAGUUACACACAGUCAGAUUUUUUUGAAUUUUUUAUGAUCUAAGGGAAUAGCUUAUUACAUUAAAAAAUAACUUAACGAAUCCAAAUUUAUUCUUACUCAGUUUUUUCUUCUACAGUACCUGGAAUCUCUUUAUAAGAAAUAUUUUCAGAUACCUACAAAGGGCAGUUAUUAUGAUUACUGUUAAGGAUGCAAACAUAAAUGAGAUAAGAGUCUUGUCUUGGUGGAAGGCGUUGCUUACUAGGGGAAGCAGAAAAAAAUGCAAAGAUUUUUAAAUGAAUACUAAUUGUCCAAAGCAUAAGUUUGGGUCAAAUAAAGAGGAGGGGACGCAGAUGAAGACAAGGAUCAUAGACAUAGAGUAAUUCCAUUUAACUAGAAUUUAGUCUUAUAUGUUACCCACCAUAAUCGUAAUGGCUCAAAUAAUAGGCAUUAUGGCCUAAACUAAGUUAGGAUCACAGCAGGAAUGGAGAAAAGAUGAAGGCAUUUUGAGAUAUUCAAGAUACGGAAUCAGUGGAAGCAGGUGACAGCAUAUAGUAGGUGAAGAAGAUGUCAAAGAUGACAGGCUUAGGUACAUGGUGAUUACAUUAAUUUGAAAGAAAACUGAAAGAAGAGUAGAUUUAGAGGUUCCAUUUGGGGCAUGUUGAGCUUGAAACAUUGUGGGGUUGAGCUGGUUGUCAGGAAGUUGGAAAUUUAAGUUUGAAACUCAGGGGAGAAAGUUGAGCUGUUUCAGAUCACAAAGCACUGGUUCAAAGCUGAGUCAUGGGGCUGGUUGGUCAGGAAUGCAACCUAGGAAGGAGCAUUAAUGGACACAACUGCAUUCAAAUUCAAAAUUUAUAUUGUCUUUAAGUCUCUUAGCACAGAUCUAAAAAAUCACUAUCAAAUUUACACAAUAUGAUGCCAAAAUACAUUAUUUUUCCUUGUAUCCAUCUCACUAACUCUGUACCACUUCCCAUCUGACAAAGAUGAUGGUGAAAUGGCCUCUUUCCAGACAUUCCUUGCUUAUCUGUAAGUCUCACCAACCUUUUCCAAUCUGUGCAUGCACAUACUUUGCAUUACUCAUAUAAAGAUGUUGUGAAAAUAGAAAAUAGUAGUUUUUUGGCAUUGAUUUUAUUACUACAAGACAUAAAAAUUAUCUCAUGUAAUAUUAUCUAAUUAUACUUUAUAUUUAUUGAUUAUAGCUAACAUGUUUUCAUGAUAAUCAACUAAUAAAAACCCCAUGAGAUCAGGAGAGCUAUUUCCAUUUAUUAUUUUAAAAAAUUAUUUAUAGUGUAUUAAAAAGAGUAUUUGGAGUGAUGAAGAGAAUUGCUAAGGUAUUAUAAUAAACUAGUACUAUUUCUGCUCCCAAACAAUUUGUUAAUAUGCAGGAAAAUGGAAACUGAGGGAACUGUGUGUGUGUGUGUGUGUGUGUGUAUUCAUAUUCAUUGGCAUUAUAUGAUAUGAUAUUAUACAUUACAACCAGGCUCACUUAUCCUAAAUUGUUUCAUCUAUUUUACAUUUGCAACUUGCAGCUUUAUCUCUUCUCUUUUCACCAUUGAUUUUCUGCUUUCUUGGAAUGUGUGGGAAGCCUUGGUGGGAGUGACUAAUGACUGACCCAAGAGCUGAUGAAUAAUGGUGAUGAAUAAUCAUGGCUGCUCUACAGUCAAAUCAAAGUGACCUACAGACCAUCAUUUAUUAUUCUUUUCCUGCAUCUUCAUCCUUCUUUUCAGAGGAAGUAUAAAAAUGAACCAAUGUUUUAGCAAUUAAAUGCAACUAUGUCCUUAGCCCCUUAGUUUGCCUUCACAUCAAUUCAACAAAAACUUAUUGAACACUUACUUGAUAUUUAAUACCAAAUACUGAGCAAUGUGCUAGUAACCUGGGAUACCAAGAAAAAUAAAACAGAUUUUGCCCUCCAGACACAGUGUAGAGGGACAAGGCAAAACAGGUAAUUAACAAAUUAUAAUUUAAUGUGCUAAGAUUGUCAAUAGAGGGAUUCACAAGGUUAUAUGGGAGUCCAGAAGAGAGAACAGGGAAGUUCAAAAGUUAUAGGUGUGAUACUAUUUGGUGUGAAACUCAAGGUCUGAGUGAUUUAAAUGUCAAAAAGGGGGUGGGAAAAUACAUUUUAAGUAAAAGAAGCAGGGUUAGAACCUGCAAAUUUCAAAAGUAUAUGAAGUACUCUUGGAUGAAGAGUAGUUCCUUUUAGCUCCAAUUUAAAGUGUGUGUGCAUGUGUGCAUUAACAGGGGAGUGUGGGGGGAAUGGAAUAGAAUCAGGAUGCAAAUUAGGAUGUCUAGAAACCUCUCUUGUUGGAAAGAAGCAUCUGCCUCAUCCUCCUUUUUCUCUCUACAUACCUGAACAUACCCACAGGCACAGUGUCUCCAUAAAGGUAAUUCCAGGUAGAAUGUGCAAGGAGACAUAAACAUUCUGUCCAGCUGUGUAACUUCCCAAGUGGUUUCCAGUAUUCGGAAUUCGAUGGACUAGCUCUUUAUCCAAGUGUGCUUUACUUGUUACACAGGGAGGCUGAAAUUUGUAGCCUGAAGGCUUGGAAAACCUGCUCAGCUGAGGAAUGUGGGCCUGCAGGCAUGAAACCUGGUCUCUUUACCCAGUGUAAACAGGAAGCAAGUGAUGGUUGUAAUAAGGAAAACUGAGACUCUGGCAGUGAACUGCUGGCAGACAGCUCCUGGGGCAAACCAGGGGCCCAGUCACUCAGCUGGUAAAGAAUUGCUGUAAAGUCAAGAGGGACUUUCAAACCCCUAAUCUGCCCCCAGCGCGCGCGCGCACACACACACACACACACACACACAUACACACACACACUGCCGUGUCCUACCUCACCAACACACAGGCCCUAUGUAACUGGAGUUGUUAAAACUUGACCCUCUGUUUUUGAGACUGGAAUAAAAGAAGGAGCCAGAGCUGGGUGCAUAAAAGCUUUUAGAGAAAAGUAUGUGGCUGGUGGCAUUCAUAUCAGAUGACACCACACUCCUGUGACACAGAUUGAGUUCAGGUGCUUGAAAUGCUCAAGAGCCAGCUUGGGGACUUGGCCUUUUGUCUGCCUCUCCUUCAAUAUGCUGCUUGGUACUCUGUCUUUGUGACCCCCUCUUCCUUUCAGAGCGCUUGCAGAAAUGACUAGAAAAGAAACGCAUCUGACCCUAAAGAAAGGACAAGUUCAUUGUGUAUGAAAUAGUGUCCAUGUCUUCCUAGUGGUUAGAUUCUGAGGCCAUAGAAGAUUCUCAUAAAAUGAAGCUUAUGAUGAGAACUGGGGAGGCAUUUACUAAUCCAAUUUGACAUUUAUUGAUCUAUGAAAAGGUAUCCUGACAACCUGGAGGGUGUUGGCUGUUUGAACACUGAGGUGAAUUGCACUUUGGUCUUUAGGAAAUCAUACUUUGAUGACCACAGUGAUGAU